UCGCGGGGCUAUGGCCGGUUCCCAUGCCGCUCGGCAGCCGCAAAAUGAAGGCUAUCGAACUUUGUCCUUGUCCGGGCAUGUUGGUUUUGGUGGUUUACCUGAUCAACUGGUUAAAAAAUCCAUCAAGCAGGGCUUCUGCUUCAACAUUCUUUGCAUUGGGGAAACUGGAAGUGGGAAAUCAACCUUGAUAAACAGUUUGUUUAACACCAAUUUUGAUGACCCUGUGUCAACGCAUUUUCUGCCAAGUGUACGACUUAGAGCCCAGACUUACGAACUCCAGGAAAGUAAUGUUCUUUUGAAGCUGACCAUUGUAAAUACAGUGGGAUUUGGUGACCAGAUAAACAAAGAAGAUAGCUAUCAACCAAUAGUGGAUUAUAUAGAUGCACAGUUUGAAGCCUAUCUCCAGGAAGAACUGAAAAUUAAACGUUCUUUAUUUAGCUACCAUGAUACUCGCAUCCAUGUCUGCCUCUAUUUCAUUUCACCUACAGGCCAUUCCCUAAAAACCCUAGAUUUGUUAACCAUGAAAAGCCUAGACAGCAAGGUGAACAUUAUACCAAUUAUAGGCAAAGCAGACAGCAUUUCUAAAACCGAACUACAGAAGUUCAAGAACAAAAUAAUGAGUGAAUUAGUUAGUAAUGGCGUCCAGAUAUACCAGUUUCCAACUGAUGAUGAAACCGUUUCUAAAAUUAAUACCAUCAUGAAUGGGCAUUUGCCAUUUGCCGUAGUAGGAAGUACUGAGGAGGUGAAACUUGGAAACAAAAUGGUGAGAGCUCGUCAGUACCCUUGGGGCAUUGUACAAGUGGAAAAUGAGAACCACUGUGACUUUGUAAAGCUUCGCGAGAUGCUUAUUUGCACAAAUAUGGAAGACUUAAGAGAGCAGACGCAUGCACGACAUUAUGAGUUGUACAGACGCUGCAGACUGGAAGAGAUGGGAUUCAGAGACAUUGGCCCUGAGAACAAACCAGUCAGGCUUCCAUGUUCUAAGUCUUACGCAGAUAGAAAAACUGUAUGUCACAGCUAUGCUUCUGUAGAAAGUCUACAGGAAGCCUAUGAGGCAAAGAGGCACGAGUUCUACCUUGAACUGCAAAGAAAAGAGGAGGAGAUGAGACAACAGUUUGUGCAGAGAGUGAAGGAGAAAGAAGCAAUAUUGAAAGAAGCAGAGCAACAGGUACAGACUAAAUUUGAACAUCGUAUGCUAAUGCAUCAAGAAGUGAAACUGAAAUUAGAGAAAAAGAAAAAAGUUCUAGAAGAUGAAAUAGCUAUGUUUAUUGAGAAGAAAGCUAAUGCUGAAUUACUCCAAUCGCAAGCAUCUGUCUCUACCCCUGUUGUUAGUUUGAAGAGAGACAAAGACCGCAAAAAUUCCAGCUUUACAUAAUACUGAUGAUAGAAGAAACAAUAUUGAUAAUUUCUCUUGAGGAAGCAGUGAUUCACAGUGUGCUUUUGGAGGUAUAGGAAUUGCAGUUUCUUACUAAAGGAUUUGGAAAAUAUCUCUCAUUGCUGCAUGCUGCAAAAGAAGAAUUUUGAAGUAUGAUCUGUACACAUAUGGUGCAGCGACUACUGUCAUUGCCAUCACGGACUUUCUGUUACGCGUCUGCCUUGAUACGUACUUGCCUUACAUACAUGUGGCCAACUUGCUUUCAUUUUAAGUGCAUUGUACCAAAGAAAAUGUCCCUGCCCUAAACAGUUCCAUUCAUAAUAUGAAUGCUGUAGCACAAAAGUAUUCAGUGAAUAUAUCCACUAUAACCUUUCUAAAGACUUGUUUUCAUAUGGUAUGGUAUCUUAGUCUACUAAAUAUUAUUUAAUACAACUGUUGACAUAAUUCAACCAUUUACUGAUUUUGCUGACAGAUUUUGUUUAUAGUCUUUUAUGUACAAGCACUGUCCUAAAUUUCAGAUACGAUCUUUCUAAUCAAAAUCUAUUGAGAUAUUUUUGCAGUGCUGUACUGUUGCAUGAUAUUUUAUCUGACAUUACUAACUUAAUAUGGAAAGUACCUAUAACUUUUUGAUGCUUGUGACUGUGGUGUUCAGUUACAGCAGAGGCUGAACUUUACAAAAACUAUUAACUACUUGUUUCAGGUUAAAACAAGUUUAAAAUGUUUUUUAUAUUUUCAGUAGCCAUGAUAACUAAUGGGAAACUAUAAGAGGUGCAGUUCUCUGAAGCUGUUUUGUGCGACUCUUUAAAAAUGAAAUACUAACUUGGUAGAAAUAAAAUACAUUGGUUUU